GCGCCUAACUCGACAUUUGCCUUAUUUUAUCAACUUGCUUAAAAAAUUAAAAUUAACGCUUGCGGAGUUUGGAUUUGCAGCUGCUGUUCGUCUAGAAUUUAGAAGUUCAUCGAAAGAUCUGUGGCAAUCAUGGCAUCACAAAUAAGGAUCUUAUUGUUAACCAUUUUCAUCGUUGCGAUGUGGAGCAGCAAUACAUCAGCAUCGUUGUCUGAUUACUGCCUACGGUGUAUCUGUGAGAAGACACGGGGCUGUUCUUGUUCCGGGGAUGAAGGAUGUGGACCAUUCAACAUUGAAGAAUCUUUCAUGUCCCCUAGAGCUGCAAUGAGUUACGGUGAAUGCAAGGCCGAUGUCGUGUGCAGUCGCAAUGCCUUCCAGGACUUCGUGGAUCAAUUCGAACUGCGAGAGAGUUCUCGGGGCAUCCCGAAGUGCGAGCUGGCGUCUCGGAUCCAAAGAGGAGGCGCCGUGGGUUCCAGCUCCCGGGCAGCAGACUCCUUCUGGCUCUUGGUCCAAUCCUGCAUGAUCAACGAAUAGACCUAGUCCUACCAAAAAUAGGUCCUUUUCGUCUUUUAAAAUGAUUUUCGAUUAAGCAUGUUACAGUUAAGAUGUAAGGAAUACAAAUUUUAAAUACCCUUCAUAUUCUGUGAUGCUUCCAUUUCGCCAGUUUUAAAAGUUAACAGUUUAAUAUAAUCUAAUGACAAGUUUUUUAAAUUUCAUAUUUUCGAUUUGUUAAUAGAUCAUACUGAAUGAUCUGAAGUUGUUUGUAAUUUUUUUUUGUUAUGCAUCCGCAGUGUCUAGUGACUAUAAAAUUAGGAAUUAUUGAGAUUAUAAUUUAAUUCAUGCAAAUGAUACUAACAUUUACAUGAGGUUUCUUUUGUUUCCAUUUUCAUGAGAUGCCCAAUUUUUCUCCAGAAUAUAAUAGAAGUGGUAACAAGCCUAACGGUAUUAUGAUGAACAUUUAUAUCUAAAAUGACUUGCACCAUAACUCUCAUUACGUAUCAUUUUCAUGAAAGGGCUUAAAUUUUCUUUCGGUGGUAUUACAUUCGCGUUUAAUGAUUUUUUAACGUUUUUUCAAGUUACAUUUAACUAUUGAAGCAGCGUUGGAUAUGUUAGAUCGGCGUUGCCUUUUGUUUAGGAUAACAUGCCCCCCCAAAAAAAAAAAUACAUCAUGUUUUGUUAUUUUUCACGUUUGGUGACUUGAACAAGUAAAAGAAACUUGAAUGAAGUAGAUGCCAGAGGAUGUAAAGACACAGUA